GUUGUUUGUUCAGGUCAUUAUGCCUCGACGAUGUGUCCGGUAUGUUCUAACAUUUCAUCAAUACAUGUUCCAACCGGAUAUAGUAAAAUAUUCUAUUUACAAAGUACCGAACAUAUUGAAAACCCACAUCGCGGUUUUAUGCCACAGAUUAACUCUUACGCUUCUGAUUACAAACUUCUUACCGUAGGGGAAUUAGAUUCUGUACGUGCGAGUAAUGGUACCAGUAUGAUUUGGAGAUAUUUUGUGUUGGAUUUGUUUGUAUCGUCACAUAUCUCAGAUGAGUAUCUAAAAACCAUAGACAAUGAUUUAUACACAAUAAGAUAUGCUGGUUAUACCGCUGUCAUACGAUUCUGCUAUACAUUUAAAUUUACGCCAAAAGCACCAUACGGUGAUGCCAAUAAAUACUGGAUACUAGAACACAUAAAACAACUAAAACCAAUCCUACAGAAAUAUGAAGGGAUUCUAACUUCUGUUGAAGCCGGAUUUAUUGGAAUUUGGGGCGAAUGGUUCUACACUACAUAUUUUGGAGAUCCAAAUAAACGAGAUUAUAAAAAGUGGCCAAAAUAUGGAUAUCCUUUAAGCAUAUGGUACGAUAGAAAAGAUGUGCUAGAAGCUGUCCUUGGUGCUAUUCCCAAAACCACACAGGUUCAACUGAGAUAUCCUAAUCUUAAAGUUGAUAUGUGGAAUUCUGAGAUACCAACAGAUUAUUCCGAUGUUCUUCAACAAAACAAUAAAUCAAGGACAGGUCAUCACAAUGAUUGUUUUGUUUCUUCUGAUGAUGAUGUAGGAACGUAUCACAAUAAGUCAUUUGAAUAUCCAUAUUUACAUAAUGAUACUAGAUACUGUGUUGUUGGCGGUGAAACAUGUCGUUUAACAACAAAUGAUAGGGAUGAAUGCCCAACUGCUCUCCAUGAAAUGGAAUAUUUCCAUUGGUCUUUUCUCAACCAAGAUUUUAAAACUGCCAUACUUGAUUUGUGGAAACAAGAAGGUUGUUAUGAAGAAGUUCACAGACGUUUAGGUUAUAGACUUGCCCUACAACAGGCUAUUUUACCAGACUCUGUCAACCCGGGAGGAACUCUAUGUUAUCAGUUUACAAUAGACAGUAUAGGUUUUGCUGCUCCUGUAAAAGCAAUGAACGUAUUUCUUUUACUCCGUUCUCAUCUCAGAGGAUAUUUUUAUGCCGCUAUGUUACCACACGAUGUCAGAACAUGGAUUCCAUAUGAAAGCUACAGUUUGAGUGGAAGUAUUCAUGUUCCUGCCAACUUUACAACUGAUAGCUAUGAAGUGUAUUUGGCGAUUGGAGACAAGAUAUUAACAGAUCAUUCUGAUUAUUAUAUACUUUUGGCUAACCAAAAUGUUCCUGUUUAUUAUUCUGGUUAUAAUAAUCUGCAUCAUACAAUAACGGUUACCAGUCAACACUCGGAUGAUCCUACUGGAUGUGCUACAUUAGAAUAUUGGGUACCACCUGCACAGAGUUUUAAUUCCCGAGUUUUCCACGGAAACUACACUAUAUGAAUAGAAGACACCUGACCAUUGAUUUCCCACAAAAUAAGAAUUAGCAAUAGAAUGUUUUCGAGAUUAAAACAAUUAUCAUCUACAGUGAGAAUUAUCAGUCAAUACACCGGUUGAAUAACACGAAGCCCUAGCACUAAUUUUGUAGGGGCUAAUAAAAGUAAACACCGGUAAGCCAAUUGAUAAAUGGUAUUACAUUACCAGAAAACAAUCCUUUUUAUAUUA